AUGGUCAAACAAAAAUUUUCGAAUUUAAUAAUUAAAGAAAACCAUCAACAAAAAAUUACUGGGGAAGAUCCAGUUGAAAUAGAUGCAAAAAUAUUACUUGAAUUGGAUAGAUUAUUCGUUGCAGGAAAACAACUAAAUACACCAUAUUCUAUAAAUUUUGAAGACGUUUAUGAAUUUGCUCAGAAAUAUAAGGAAAUGAGAGAUAGAAUUGAAAAUUUUGUAAAAAUCAUAGAAUAUAUCUAUGAAGAAAUAUAUGCUAAUAAAUUUGAACUAUUAUUCGAAGAAAAUGACAAAAUAAACUUAUCAACAAAAUUAAAAUAUAUUUCUGUAAAAUUUAAAGAGCAUAAGAAAAAAUUUGAAGAAUUAAACUCAACUAUAAUCAAUUUAAAAAAAAUUAAAAAUGAAAAUCAGAAAUGGGGAAUGACAUCUGAAUUCGGAAUGAGAUUAUUUGAAGAUUAUAUCGCUACACUUUUUUGCAAAAAUAAUCACAUAUCACAUUUGAUUUUGAACGCCCCGUGUCAUGCUACUAUUAAAAUACCUUUGGACGAUCGUAUAUGUAAGCAAAAUUGUUUUUAUGAAGAUAUACAUUUGGGGACUUUAUACAUUCAGGGACUUGAGAUAGAAAAAUUUAUGUAA